CCUCUGUGCUAUAAACCCUUGCUAUUUCCUACUCAUGGCUCUCUGUGUUUUUGUCUUCCUCAAACUGAUCAUCUACAGAGUAUUGGAUCCCUGUGACACUGAACACCAGACCACAUUCAAUAUCAGUUCUCAUAGAUAUUCUGGCUUGUUAUGAAGAUGUGGAGUUCAGGAACAGAUUUCAGAAAUUUAGACUCUGAGGAUGAGAGUGUCCUUUCUUCAGAGGAGGAACAAGACAUUCAGUGUGAGAUUUUGGAGAAGCAACGAGAUGAAGCCAACCAGAGACUGUCUCAAAUGGAGGAAGCAUCCACUCAGCUGCUGAAGGAGAUAAACUUGCUGGAGAUUCAGUUUCAGAUUGAACGCUCAUGUAGAGAGAAUGCUGAGGCAGUUGCCGUAAAGGUAACAAAAGAGAACAAGGCCUUAAAGAGAAAAAGUCAGGCUCUCCUGCCCCUGAUCCCAGAGCUGCCUGAAAACCUUGCUACUCUGAACUUGGACCUAGAAGGUGACUCUGCUUCUGACUUUAACACGUCAGUGGAAUUGGCAGAAGACCCCCUUCUCAAAAGUCAGACCCAGAUCAGAGAGCUUCAGUCCUCUGUUGAUCAGCUCUUGGGGGAGAAGAUGCAGUUGUGUGAGCAGGUAGAAGUCUUGAAAACAGAAAAGGAAGAACUGAAAGAACAGCUUGCAAUGGAGGUUCAGGAGAAAGAGGCUAUUUUGAGGAAAUUAACUAAACAGAGUCGAACAGUGGACAAAAUGAAAAGAGUAUCCCAGCUUGUUACAGAAGAGUUUGCAGAGAUGUCACAGAAGUUGGAAAUGGAGCAAGGACUCAGGCAUCAUGCUGAAGAGUUUGCGCAACAGGUGCUGGUGAAGCAGAAGGAGAGCCACAGGCAGAGCCUGGCCCUGGUACAAAAUGAAGAGGUUGAUGCACAGCUUCAGCAAGCCCUUGAGCAGGUGGCUCAGCUCAGCAAAGCACUGGAGGAGAUACGACUGCAUCAACAACACCAGAGAAGUCAGUCUCAGGCAGUAAUGGAGGAGUUUAAUGCUCUUACUGAGCUGCAGAUGGUCAAAGCUCAGCUAGAGACCAACAUAAAGGAGAGGAUGAAGAUAGAGAAUCAUUUGAGAGACUCGCAAAACACUGUGACAGAACUGCAGGAGGAAGUUAAGCAGCUUCAGGAUAUGCUGAAAACGGUCACAAUGAAUCCUCUUAUUGAAUCUGGCCUAUCAAAUGAAGAGACUGUCACUCCAGCACCACUUUCUUCAACUCCUUUUCCUCCACUCCCUCCUCCUCCACCACCACCACCACCACCACCACCUCCUCCUCCUCCUGUGCUCUGCACAAGUCCUAUUGACCCGUUGGAUGCUUUGAGGAACAGAAAGAAAGUUGGAAACAAUACCACUGACUUGAAGAAGCCUGCAAUGUCUGUAGAUGUGAAAGCCAGGGCAGUGGAUGAAAUGAUGGAGAGAAUUAAGAAAGGGAUUGUACUGAAACCCACCCAGAAACCCCCACAAGCUGGCUUGGAUGAAGACUCAUGGAAGGAUCAAAGAAGUGAGAAGAGGAAAUCUGCUGUCCUUGAGUUGCAGGGAAUACUGGACACCAUAAAAAAACCAGGACCCAAAAGGAUGGCAUCCAGGAAGAGGAUUAGUCGUAAUAUAGGGGAGGCGGAGCUGCUGAUGGUCUUGCAGAGGAGAAGGCGGGCAAUUGGGGAUGAUAAAGACUCCCUACCUCCUGCAGCUCAGGAUCCACAUCCUGCAUCCACAAUCACAAGCUCCUCAAAUUGGCUAGCAGAGAGUGGGAAUUCUCCUGUCCUGCGGAGGCUGAAGCAUAACCGGGAAAAUAGAAACUCACGCAUAAGAGCAUCAGAAUGUAUCAUCUGGGAAGACAAGUGAAGAUAAAAGGAGUUGAUGAUGUCUCUUGUCAUUAUAUUGUUAUUAAUACGAUGAUCACAUAAGAGUUGGAACCUAAAUAAAUUUAACAUAAAUUAAGUUGGAACCUAUAGUACCCCCUGAAACUGUUGGAACUGCAAAGCUAAUUAAUUUGUUUUUUGCUGAAGACUGAGCAUUUGGGUUUGAGAUCAAAAGACGAAUAUGAGAAAAGAGUUUAGAAUUUCAGCUUUAAUUUCCUGGUAUUUAUAUGUAGAUGAGUUAAAUGACACAGAACAUAGCACAUUUCGUAUUGGAUCACACAAUUUGUAGACGAGCAAACAUAUAGGAAUAUGUGACUGACAGGUGUUCUUUGUUACCCAGGUGUUUCCUGUUAGAUCGAUUGUAUAAACAAUAAAUAGCUCUGAUAAGCAGCUACUCUUGGUUUUGCCUAUAGUCUCACCUGUGAAGGUUACAUUUGUUGUUAAAAUGAUAAGCCAACAUGUAUAUGGGAGAAAUACAGGCCAUUUUGAAGAUGAGAAAAUAGGGAAAAUCAAUCAGAGGCAAUGUACAAGCAUUGGCCACAGCCAAUACAACAAUUUAGAAUGUCCUGAAAAAGAAAGCGCAACAGACACUGAAUGGGUCGGCCAAGGAAAACAACAACAGCUGAUGACAGAAAAAUUGUGAGUGCUGUGAGGAAAAACCCAAAAACAACAGUCAGUGACAUGACCACAAUCCACUGUUCGAAGAAGACUUCAGAAAUAUAGAAGCAAACUAGAAAUAUAGAAGCAGAGAAGAAAUAUCAAGUUCGUACUACAAGAUGCAAACCACUCAUCAGCAGUAAGAAUCUGAAAGCCAGAUUGGAAUUUGCAAAGAAAUACAGAGAUGAGCCAUAAAGGUUCUGGAACCAAGAUUAACCUCUACCAAACUGAUGGAAAGGCCAAAGUGUGGAGAAUCUGUGAAACAUGGUGGAGGUAGUGGCAUGACUUGCAUGGCUGCUUCUGGAACAGGCUCAGUAAUCUGUAUUGUUGAUGUAACUUAUGAUUGUAGCAGAAGAAUUAAUUCAAAAGUUUGCAGGAGCAUAUUGUCUGCCCAUUUACAGAGAAAUGCAUCCAAAUUUAUCAGGAGGAACUUCAUCAUGCAGCAAGAAAAUGACCCAAAAUGGAGAAAAGGAUCACCCUAGAAAAGGAUCACAGAAGAUGAAACCAACAAUUUGGCGAUAUCAAUUUGUUGCAGGCUUGAUUGUAAUUGUAGUUAUUGCAAUUAACCAAAUAUUAAGUGUUAUUUACUUUCAUUUACUUAUCUGUUCCUAUACUUUUGCUCACUUAAAAAUUGGGUGGUCUGAUGCAAAAGGUUCUAUGUUUUAUGUUGUUUAACACAUCUAGAUGUAAAUAUCAGGAAAUAAAAGCUGAAAUCCUAAACUCUUGUCUCAUAUCCGUCAUUUGAUCUGAAACCAAAAUGUCUUUGGUGUAUAGCAGAAACAAAAUUAUUGGCCUUGUUGUUCCAAUAGUUUCAGAGGGGACUAUAAAUAAAGUUUCAUGUGUGUAUGCUGAAGAUUAUUUGUCAUUAAAGAUUUAAAAGAUCAAAUACACUGAACUUUUUGAAAAUAAUUUUCAUUAUUCGUUAUCAUUAAUCAUUUGAAAUAAGAUGUUAUGGUGUUGAACAUAGUCCUCAAUUACCAAUUUCCAAAGUAAAAUUGAAAGCAAGUAUUCAGUUUAUAUUUGAAUUGACGAUGUAUCAGUUUUAUCAAUAAACCAGAAACUUUCAAGGGACCAUUCAGAAUGAUUAAUGAAUAAAUAAAAGAUACUUAUUGUUCA